AUGUCAGCACUCGCGUGGACCGACAUUAGCUUCACCGAGAUCCUUAAACCCUUAUCUGGGAAUGUGAACCCAGGCGGAAUGACGGCAGUCAUGGGACCCUCAGGUUCUGGUAAAACCACUCUCCUCGAGUGUCUCAGCGGGAGAAAGAAGACGACCAAAGGCUCAGUCGUCUGCUCAGACUCUGCCUCAUUCUGCGAGCAGCACGAUGCCCUACUUGGGGUAUUCACAGUGCAAGAAACACUCACAUACUCCGCACGGCUCAGUUUGCCUCGCGCAUCACCAGAUGUCAUAGCCCAGCGAGUUAACUCGGUAAUUGAAGGUCUUGGUCUCACGUCAGUAUCCAACAAUCGUAUAGGUACACCAAUCCAGAGGGGCAUAUCAGGCGGACAGAAACGACGCGUCAGCAUUGCAUGCUCAUUAGUCCAGUUCCCAGAUGUUCUGUUCCUCGAUGAGCCCACUUCCGGUUUGGACACUGCGACCGCAUACCAGGUAAUGCAUGCUAUCGGGAAUAUGGCAUCAAUGCACCACAUAGCUGUUAUAGCUACCAUUCACAGUCCCAAUUGGGAGAUAUUCACUCUAUUCAACAAUCUCAUACUGCUGUCAAAAGGCGAAAGCGUAUACAAUGGAAACAUCAACCAACUAGUGCCGUAUUUUGGGAAAUUGGGUUAUCGUUUUCCGCAAUACUCGAAUCCCGCAGAUGUCGUUAUGGGGUUGGUCAACACUGAUUUUAACAAUGAGUCAAGUGCAGAUAUAGAGGAAGGCGGUGUCAGUCAGCUAGACUCAUUAGUGCAGGCGUGGAAAGAGAAUGGAAGCGAGGAUCAUCAGCAAAAGUUUGAGUCACUUCCACCACCACGCAAAUCACAGCCCAAGGAAAACUUUCUCAACUUCUCCAACAAGACUUACACUUUAAUACAGCGGAAUCUUGUCAACUAUUCGCGUAACCUGCUUGCUUAUGGUGUUCGCAUGGCCAUGUAUGUAGGUUUGGGAGUGCUGCUCGCUACCAUCUGGGUGAACCUUAAACAAUCAGACGACAGACUUAACGAUAGGCUUUCAGUUCACUUUUUUUCAGUAGCAUUCCUCUCAUUCAUGUCGGUGGCGGGAAUACCCAGUUACUUGGAAGAACGAAGUGUGUUACGUAGAGAGCGUGCGAACGGGCUUUAUGGUUCGCUUCCAUUUACUAUCGCUCAAACGAUCACCAUCCUUCCGUUCCUCUUUAUCUGCACACUCAUCUUUUCGGUCAUCUGCUACUGGUCUAUCGGUUUACACGGGGGUGCGAAUCACUUCUUUAGGUGGAUGUCUACACUCUACUUGUGCAUACUUAAUGCCGAGUUUCAGUCUUUGUUGAUCGCUAGUAUGUUCCCCAUCUUCAUCACUUCUCUCGCGAUAGCUGCCUUUGUUAAUGGUUUCUUCAUGUGCGUUCAGGGAUACUUCAUUCGCGCUGUCAAUCUCCCACGCUUCUGGUACUAUUGGGCUCAUUGGAUUGAUUAUCAGACAUACGGAUUCGCGAUUCUCACCAAAUCUGAUCUUGAAGGAUUGACUUUUAGUUGCGCUGGUGAUUUCGUUAAUUGA